GUGUGUGUGUGUGUGUGUGUGUGUGUGUGUGUGUGUGUGUGCGUGUACUUUUUUGACACGUGCACGUGGAUGUGAUGAGGAGCAUGGCAACAACCGGUCGACCUGGUAUUUCAUUGUGUCGCAAUCCGAGUAAAUACCUUUUUUAUUUUCAUGGUGUCGGGCUGGAGAACUACAGUAAUUUGCUUAAAUAAACAUAAAAUAGCCCCCAAAAAGAGUAUGUUGCACGAUUUUCUAUACUUGUAGGACGCAUCCGCUGAAGAGCAAACACCACAGAACAUUUGAGCCAAACACCCAACAUAAAAAAGUAAUUCUUUCCGUCAAAAUGUAACUAAUCUUGUGACGCUUUACUCAGAGAGGUUUGGUUUUCAACACACUUAAUAAAAGUAACUUGAAUGUUUCAUUGAUUAUUCACUGAAAGUUGUCAGGCUUGUCCAGCGUUCGUAGAUAUCCCACGAAAUGAUGUUGUAUGUUAUCUACGUAAUAGUGUACAAGGAAGCAUCAAGACCGGCAAAGCCCACACAGGGCCAAAAGGAAGGGGAGGUGAAUGUAUCCAACACACAGAGAUCUUUCAGCCUUUCGUUCGUUCUACAUGUGAAACGAGAAGUCAACGUGGAUUAUUUGUCAAGUAACUUGCGUACUUCGGUAACGGCACUUUUGUAGUUAUCCCAAACAAGGAUCUGUUCCUAAAACUAACCAAGUAGUUUUAUUGCCUAAAACUUUUUGUCGAGUAAUUUUGAUUUAGGCAUUGUGUGACUGAAAGAGCAGAAUCAUAUAUAUAUAUAGUAGGGUUUUGCACCUUUAGUAGUAGCAAUGAAUGUGCAAAAGUUGGCUUUUUUUUAACACAUGAACUACAAUAACACAGCUACUCUGUUUUCCCCAAACUUUGUAACGUUUCCAUGACUCAGCUCCAAACUCUGCGCUGACUGACACCCUUACUCAUUCACUUCCUGCCUCGAUAUUCAGCAGUGUGGCAGCAUUAGCAUAUGAGUGGCUCAGUGUUUGGGUGAGUUUGUCCUCAACAAAGGCUGCCAAAGCACAGGUCAGCGUCUCUCAUCCACUUCAAUGGACAGCUGAAGGGCAAACAGAGCUCCGCAAAUGAAACGUUUCCACACUUUCGCUCCCGUCUGGAGAAAGAGGCCUCCCUUCUGGAUCCUCACGUUUUAUGAUAAAAACACUGCAGAUAUUAUGAAGAUGAAUGCAGCAACAACCUUUUGAUUAUUCAUUGCCCUUAGCCCUGCAUGGAUGCAGUGUGUUCUAAUGAGUAAUGUAUUCGUGCAUAUAGUCUGAGCGUGAAAUGCACACACACUCAUGCACGUGUGCUUAUGUGUGUUUUUAUAUUUGUGUUGACAGGGAGAGCGGUGGGCUCCUGCCCGCAGCCUGGUGGGCGCAUGCCGAAGCGCGGCGUCCUCUCCAUCACUCGGCGGGCCCCUCGCUGCGCUACAUCCCCCGCAGGGCCGUUCUCUACUGCCCCGGCAACGACGAGCGGAAAUUGAGGAAGCUGGCGUCGCUUGAUAUCGACUGCGCCGUCCUGGACUGUGAGGAUGGCGUGGCCCUCGGCAGAAAGACUGAGGCCAGGGAGAUGAUUCCCAGGAUGCUAGCGGAGCUGGACCUGGGCCGGACGGAGAAGUGUGUGAGGGUGAACUCUGUGUCCAGUGGCUUAGCCGAGGCUGACCUGCAGGUCAUCCUGCAGGCUGAGGUUCUCCCUCCUGCCAUCAUGUUGCCCAAAGUGGAGGACACGCAAGAGGUGCAGUGGUUUGUUGGCAGGUUUCAGCACAACUUGAAAGGACGGGCACUGACGGAGCCCAUUCGCCUGGUCACCUUUGUGGAAACCGCUGUGGGCCUGCUCAAUUUUAAGGCGGUGUGUGAGGAAAUCCGUCGACUCGCUCCCGAGGCCGGUCUCCACCAUGACGGCGUGGUGUUCGGCUCCGAUGACUUCUGCGCCAGCAUAGGUGCCACGCGGACUGAAGAUGCCAGGGAGCUCCUCUACGCGAGGCAGAAGGUGGUGGUGACCACCAAAGCGUUCGGUCUGCAGGCCAUCGACCUGGUCCACAUCGACUACAAAGACGUAGAGGGGCUGAGGCGGCAGGCCAGAGAGGGAGCUCUCAUGGGCUUUACAGGUAAGCAGGUCAUCCACCCAGGGCAGAUCCAGGCUGUGCAGGAGGAGUUCUCCCCCAGUCAAGAGAGGGUCCAGUGGGCCAAAGAGCUCAUCGCUGCUUUUGACCAGCACCAAAAGGAGGGAAAGGGCGCGUUCACCUUCCGCGGCAGCAUGAUCGACAUGCCCUCGGUGAAGCAGGCGCGGAACAUCCUCGUGCUGUCCGCCGCGGUGCCGGAGAAACGACGCGACUGACCGGUGGGAAGAAGCUGCUUUGAACUCGGACGGGGAAGCGGGAGCCGUUGCAGGUUUCACGACGACACCUCGAAAGCUUAUGAACUGUGCGGACGCUGCUUUUAAUUUAGGUUAUUAAAAAUUUUGGAAAUGUUUUCACUGCGAUGCCAGUCGCGGUAAAGUUCUGGCUUUUUGUUGCUGUCGUCCUGUUUAUGUUUCAAAUGUGCCUUCAGAUGUUUUUCAGCGACAUGAAAUCUGCACAUGUAGUUACGGUAGCCUCUCAAAUGGUAACUUUGGCACACUCUGCAGUGUGUGUGCGUGUGCUAUCAUGUCAUUCUCUAGUGUGUGUGAGACCAUGCCUCGCAUUUCUCCAAGGUCCUGAUGAAUGCUCUCCCAUCCCCACGGUCGUGGCAGCUGGGCGAAAGGGUAAACAAACACAACAAGCCACUGUUGUGGAUCUAUUCAUUAGGCCCCCAGUCAGGCCUCAGCCCUCCUGCCUAUAUAGGCUUGACUCGUAGACAUCAAAGUCCUAAAAAACAAACAAAAAAAACCCAGAUUGAAGUGCGUAAACUCACGAUUUAGCUUUUUUUGUCUGCGUGUGUGUGUGUGUGUGUGUGUGUGUGUGUGUGUGUGUGUGUGUGUGUCAGCCUCCUUAGUAAAGACAUGCGGCUCGCCCUGUGGCAGCUGUGAGCCUGCGGUCUUGAUGGAGAAGGCGUGUGGAGUCGGACACACCACGACCUGUACGAAGAGUAAACACUGCAUACACGCUGCCAGUGUUCUUUACCUGAUCUCUCAUUCAGCGCAUAAGAGUUAAUGUUCAGCUCAUUGUUUCCGAGUUGUUGUUUUUUUCAUCAGCAUCUUCCUCUUCCACAGUUUGAAAAAGGUCACUUUUAUUUAUAUAUAUAUAUUUAAAAAAAUCGAACUACUAGACGAGUUCAGGUCAUGCCGUCAACAAAAAAAAAGAAAAGAACAAGUACCAUGGGCGCUCCGUGGAGGGCUCAUGCACGUUGUGACUUCCAGAGACAGUGAAGUGGGUGUGAUGUUGGAGUGAGACAGAUUAGUGGCCAUGUUGCUCCAGCAGUCCGGGGCCCAUGCUUUGUCUCUCCGACUGUGGAUGGGAGGAUAAUUGGGGGGGUGUUGAAUGGUUAAUAGUGCCAUUGGUGACCAUGGUAAUGAAAAGGCACCGUGCCUCCCCUAACCCACCUCGUCCACUCACCCCCCCCCCCCUCUCUCUCCCUAGUACUGUAUUAUCUAUUGUGUCUGGGGCAGGGCUGUGGUCUGUGCCAGGCCAGGCCAGACAAAAAAAAAAAAAAAAGAUCGAAGCCACUCUUGCGCCCUCGCCAAAGACCCCAACAGUAAGCUGUCUCUUUGGCAUCCGGCCACAUAUUUCUCUCACCCGAUAUUUUUUUGUUUUUUUUCUGUCUGUCUGUCAGUAAUUCACAUCCAGCUUGUUUGUUUGUUUUCGCCCAAUCUACCAUUACGCCCUGAGGUUGGUGGACAAAACUGCCAUUAUGUGUGACUUUCAUGAAAUAAAUCCACAAUCAUUGUUGUGAGUGCAGAGCCAGUUUGUGAGGCUCUGCUGAACUUUUGAAAUAGAUGUUGGAUGAGCUGUAUCUCAAAGUCGAGGCUUAAAUGGUGUAAUGUUUAAAAGAGAUGUUUCUUCAGCUUGUGCAUGACAUUUGUAGAUUGUGAGUAGCCUGUACCGACUGCUGACAUCGUAAUGUGUCUUGUUUUGGGAUUAUGAAGCACUUCAGUGUGACAUUUUGAACUUUCAUCGAUUCAUCAUUUGUUGCAGCUGAGUCUCGUUGCAAUCCGAUCCGAAAUAAAUGCGGAGAGA